AUAGACUCCCCAUAAAAUACUUAAAAAUGAGUCUCUGGAAAGUAAAUCUGGCCAACUAAAGAAAUCACUGCCAAAAUCUCCAACGAUGGUGAACGUGACCCUCCUCUGCUCUCCUAAACCCAUUUUCAAACAGAUCCAUACUAUUCCAACUCUUCGUCACUCCGAAAUUCCUCAGAAAACCAGGCCACGGACCCGAAAGCUGUCAACUGCGGGCUUAGUUUUGAACCCGAAACCAACGAUUGGAAUAGUCGGGUCAGCUCUGGCCUUGGCUCUUGCGGGUUCCGCUUCGGCCUCCGAGUUACCGCCGUUGUUGCUGGGCACUUCUUUGCAGCUCAGUGAACUCGCCAAUGCCUUGUCUCUGCCCACUUGGGUCAUACACGUCUCCAGUGUUGUUGAAUGGAUAACAGCAAUGGCUUUGGUGUGGCAAUAUGGAGAGAAAUCUGGGUUUGAAUCGUGGAAGGGUCUUUCUUGGGGUAUGGUACCUUUACUUGGUGGAGCAUUUUGUGCAUGUACAUGGCAUUUCUUUUACAAUUCCGAAUCUCUUGAGGUAUUGGUUGCUCUCCAGGCUGCGUUGACAGUAAUAGGUAACGCCACUAUGUGUUUAGCUGCAUUUCGUAUCUGCAAAUCAUCAGAUAAACGUUCCCAGAAGCUAUGAAGUUUCCAAAUCUAUGAUCCAUUGAAUGUGCCCAAAGGAAUAUUCAAUAUUCCACUUCUGUGUGCCAUCCUUCUAUAGGAAAGCUCAAUUAGGUCAAGUGCCACUUGAAAGCUACAACAAUAGACCUUUUGCAGAAAAGAGUUAGAAAGAUGGAAGCUUCCCCAUUGGUGACAAAAUCAGAUUUUAUCAAGGGAAAAUGCUAUCUGGGAAUGGCUAUAAACAGCCUGAGAAUAAAAUGUUAUCAUGUUUUGAGCUGUAUCUAUAAUGAAAAACCUCUCCCUUGUUGCGCCUGGUCAGUUUGUUAACCAAUUGGUUUGACUUGAGCCUCUCUUCUGGGAUUUAAAUUAUAGUUUCUUGAAAAAUCUUUUACUCCAUUAACAUGUGACAGCUAUUGUCAA